UCCUGUGGGUGGAGAAGCCGAGGCUCGACCACGACUCUCGCUCGAAAGUCCUCUCUCCUUCUGAGGACUUUCAUGGUAAUUUAACGCCUGGGAAGUGUCCGAACAGACACUCCGACGAAUUCGCGAAGGCUGAGGAGUAGCUCUUGCGGCACGACAAUGGCGCCGGACAAAGACAGAGGCGCAGCCGUCAAAGAAAGGGAGAAUGUGCGAGUGGUGGUGAGGGUUCGACCUCUCAGCGAGAAAGAAAUCCACAGUGGCCACAAGAGUAUGGUAGAAUCGGAUGACCUGAACUGCUCUCUCAUCGUUACAAAUCCCUCAGCUCAGUCAGGAGAACCUCCCAAGGUGUUCACGUUUGAUUCAGUCUUUGGUGCAGAUUCUAAACAGGUGGAUGUGUAUAACCUGGCUGCGCGCCCAAUCGUAGAGAAUGUUCUAGAAGGAUACAACGGCACAAUCUUCGCCUACGGGCAGACAGGGACAGGGAAGACUUUCACCAUGGAAGGUGUGAGAUCGGUGCCGGAACUGAAAGGAAUCAUUCCCAACUCUUUUGCGCACAUUUUUGGACACAUUGCUAAAGCAGAGGAGGACAAAAAGUUCCUGGUACGAGUUUCAUACUUAGAGAUUUACAAUGAAGAAGUGAGGGACCUGUUGCGCCAGGACCAGUCCAUGCGCCUGGAGGUGAAGGAGCGCCCAGACGUGGGUGUCUAUGUUAAGGACUUGUUAACACACGUUGUACAUAAUGCAGACGAAAUGGACAAAAUCAUGACGCUCGGAAACAAAAAUAGGGCUGUCGGAGCAACCAACAUGAACGCACACAGUUCGCGAUCACACGCUAUCUUCACAAUUACUAUAGAGUGUGCAGAGAGAGGGGUGGAUGGACAACAACACUGGAGAGUUGGGAAGCUUCACCUCGUAGAUCUUGCAGGUUCCGAGCGACAGAGCAAAACAGGGGCAACAGGUCAGAGACUGAAGGAAGCUAGUAAAAUUAAUCUGUCCCUUUCAACCCUGGGAAAUGUAAUUUCGGCUCUGGUGGAUGGAAGGUCGACACAUAUACCUUAUCGAAAUUCUAAGUUGACAAGACUUCUACAGGAUUCUUUGGGAGGCAACUCAAAAACGUUAAUGUGUGCAAAUAUAGGACCAGCGAGUUACAACUAUGACGAGACAAUCAGCACGUUGCGCUACGCCAAUCGAGCAAAGAACAUCUGCAACAAAGCCAAGAUCAAUGAAGACCCAAAGGACGCUCUUCUACGGCGCCUCCAGGAUGAGAUAAAGACACUGAGAGGUCAACUUGAAGAUGAAUCUGAGGAGGAAGAUUCAGAUGAAGAGGAACUGGAAGGGGAGGAAAAGCCUAAGAAAAAGAAGAAGAAAUUGAAGGAAGAGGAGGUGGCUGCCAUCCGCAAGAAGAUCGAAGAGGAACGUAAGAUGUUAUCGGAAAGGAAGGACCUCGAGGAGGAGGAGAGGAAUAAGGUGAAGAGUGACCUGGAUAGACAUGAAAAGGAGCUGAAGAAGGCCCAGAAAGAGCAGGAGGCCUUGAAACAGAGGUUACAAGGACUAGAACGCAAAAUUCUCGUCGGUGGCGAAAAUUUGUUGGAGAAAGCGGAGGAACAGGAGAGACUCUUGGAAGAAUCAGCCAAGGAGCUUGAGGAGAGGAGGCGGCAUGAAGAACAGCUCCGACACGCCAUCACGCAAAAAGAGGCAGAGAGAAUUGACCUAGAAGAAAGGUAUACCACUUUACAAGAAGAGAAUGCUGGCAAGACCAGAAAGCUCAAAAAGGUGUGGACUCUGCUGAUGGCCGCCAAGUCAGAACUGGGAGAUAUGCAGGCAGAACAUCAACGGGAAAUGGAGGCUCUUCUGGAGUCUGUGCGACACCUGUCUCGGGAACACAAGUUGCAUCAGCUGAUCAUUGAUUCUUUUAUUCCAUUGGAGUAUCAGGACAUGGUUGAGCGCUACGUUCACUGGAAUGAAGACAUAGGGGAAUGGCAGCUGAAGUGUGUUGCUUACACAGGGAACAACAUGAGGAAACAGCUGGACAACGGUGAUGCAGAAAAGGAGAAUCAGAACCAAGAUGGGGAUAUGUGGCAGGUCUACAAGACAUACAGUCCUGAAGUGUAUACAAAACCUGCUGCCAAACCACUUAGAAAGAAAUCAGGUAUUCCGAGACCCAAACAUGCCAGGUCUGCACGGAAGUACGACAAGUAGCUUCAACUCAUUCCCAAAUUUUUAUCACCCUUGGAAGGGUGAUACAGAUUUGCGUGGUGUGGAGACAUCAUAGUAUUGGCAGGGGAGUUAAAGAGCCAGUUUAAACCCAGCAGUGAAAAGCAAACUAUAUUAUUAUAAUGCAAAGAGUGUGUAUGGAAAUGAGCUUUAUAAGUGGUAGUAUAGUAAACCAAAGUAAGAUAGGAGAUGGAGAUGGAAAUUUCCACUUUUUUCAACUUUUUUUUUUUUUUUUUUUUUUUAAGGGUGGUUUUGUUAUUGUUUAUUUAUUAAUUUAUUUAUUUAUCUCAGAAAUUAUUGUGAUUGAAUGAAGGUCAGAUCUUUGGGUAGGAUUCCUGAGUUUUUCAAAGUAAAAACAAACAGCCAUAGGGCAACAUUAGUACAGUUAAUUACUUUGCUAGGUAAUGUGACUGUUUGUAUGUUUGAACAGAUAUGUAUGCCUGUGUGUGUGUGUGUGCGCUUGUCCUUUUGUAGUUACUAUAUCAGAAUCUCUCAUCACGUGAAAAAGUCACAGCCUGUAUGCAGACAAAUAUAAUACUUGCAAGCAUGUGUGUAUCUGUAUGAGAGCUUAUUUAUUUAUAUUUAUAAACUAGUUAAUGGGAUUCUGUAUGAUUUUAUUUUUCAUUGUAUCAUUUCAGUAUCCAGACUUAGUAAGAAAGAUAAUAGAUUAAAGGAACAGGAAUGCAUUUCAAAAUGCCAAGAUUAGAUAGAGCCGAGGCAGAUUUGUUGAUACAGAUUUAAGAGAACUUACUAGUCAAUAAUGCUUUUGUAUGAGUUUUUAAAAAGGGUUGUAGCUAUGUCAUCUCUUUACAGUCUCUUCUGGUAUUUAUUUUCAUCAUAAGUGCCCUUUGUAUUUACUUUGUUCUUUUUGUAUGAUAUGGUAAUUAUGCGUGUGUAAAAUAAUUGAUUCUUACUUCGGCCAAAGCUGCCGAAGCGAGCGCCAUCACUCAUGUUCUGAGAUCAGAAUUCUUGUCUUUUACAAUAUGAAUUUUUUCCCACUGUAGUGCAUAAUACUGUUUAUAGAGAUGGGAAAGAACAAGUGUGUUCAUCCUGUUCCAUUUGGAGGUCUCAAAAGAGCCAUGACAUGUCAUUGCAUUCCUCUUUUAAAUGUUUCCAUAUCUAGUCAUACCACAUAGUCACAUCUUUUAUGGCAUGAUUUAUUUUAUUUUAUUUAUUUAUCAUAAUUGUUUUAUUUCCUCCAUACACAACAGUUUUCAGGAGUAGGUCAGAGUAUCUGUCUUUUGUGUGUAGUAGUAUGUGUGCUUGAAGGAGGCCAGAAGGUUCCUUACACUCAUCUUGUAAGAGGCAUUUAUUUCUUCAGUUUGUAGCUCACUUUGUUGCUAUUUUUUCCCCCCUCCCUCCCUCCCUCUCUCUCUCAAACGUAUUUGCAUCAUGAUCAUAGGCAGCCAGAGAGAGAGGGAACUAUUUGCAAAAUACAUUUUGUCCUUUUGUUUUAGGAAAUACAAUUAGUACAGUGCAGCAUAUGGGGGUAUCGUAUGAGUAAAGAAGUGAACAGCAGUACUUUGGGAAUUGGUAAAUACUAUAAUUUUGAAUUUAUGAAAACCAUUAGAGAUGGGAUCUUUUAGUAACAUUAUGUUUCUUGUGAGUGGUAAGGGGUUGCUGUUACACUGUAGGGAACACUCUUUAAAUGAAAUUGCAAAGAAAUUGAGCAUUAGGAGUAGAUGUCUUUUAUGUUGAUAUUAGAUGGGCUCUUGUAAAGUGUGUGUUUGGCAGGUCAGUUGCUCCGUAGGUAGUAGGUAGUAGAGCAUGAAAUAAAAUUAAUCUUAGUUUACAUGCAUACUGCAUACUGCCCUUGAAAAUGGGUGGCAUCACAUGAAAAUUGGUUCUAUAUGAAAAAAUGUGCGAUACCCCUCUUUAAGUUAAUCCUGCUUUUAAUGCAGCUAACCCAGGUCUGAGAUUGUUAUAAAGAGGUAGACCAUUAUUAUGAUUUGCACAAAUUGAAGUUAAAAUUGGUCAUUUCCUUUUUUUUUUUAUAGUUUUUUAUAAUGGUUGAUGAAUGCAAGACCGUUCCUGUAUUUGGAGAAUGUUUGGGUCACAUAUAUCAUUUAAGAAGAAAGAAAUUGAUGGAGUAAAUGGCCAAAAUAUCUGUUGAUCCUUUUUUUUUUUUUUUUUUUUGUAUUCUAUUCCUGCCUCUUUUUAUAUGUAAAGCUUGUAGCUGGAAAAUGCAAUUAUGAUUCUUUAAAAGUAAUGUUGAUAUUUCAAGAUGAAGGUAAUAGCAGCUGUGAUAAUUUUGGUUCAGGUUAUGUUAGCAUAUUAUGCUUUAUUAGAUUUGUAAUUUUGUUUCAGGAUCAUUUAUACUUUGCAUAUGAAGGUAUGCACUUUGUGUUUAAGUUAUUUAUUGAUAAGUGAACACUGUGGUCUCAUGCUAUGUAGUUCACUUACUUCUGUAAUGACAACUUCAUUGAGAUUGUAUUUGUCAGCAUAUACAUGGUCACAUAAUGGUGGAUAAACAGUGAAAACAUAAGGUACUUUGUUUCAUCCACUCUGCAAAGACUUCAUAUUUGUAUUGUAGAUAAUGCUCAGGUUCUGUGUUAACUCUUGAAACGGGUUGCUCAGUGAGCUUGCCCUGUAUAUCCAGAAGUUAUUGUAAAGCAUAAGGUAAUUACUCUAACUGUUAUUGAUGGAUAGACUAAGCACAAAAACAUUUCCAUUUGGCCUUAUACCAUGUAAGCCGCAGGCCCCCAACGUCUGUGAUUAACUUAAGAUACGAUUCUCUUUAGGUGACCAAGUGUAUUCUGAGGACAUCUUUCAUAUAGUAGUCUGUAUAGUGUAAAAUGAGAAUCACAAGCAUGUUUAUUGAUGUAAAAAUAUAUAUAGUCUCAGAUGAUUGUAAUUAAGUGAUUUUUGGAAUUUACUUUACAUGAACCUGGUGUAUGGUAACGAGCAUGAAUGGAAAGUGGAAUCAUGUAUAGAUAUAUAAUUAGGAGAUAGUCUGUGAUCAGAAAAACAGCAGCUAAUUAGACAGGUUUAUAUGCUCAUUUUUCCAGUUGCUUAGUCAUAAUUUUGCUCCUUUGUACUUACUUACAGAAAUGAUCAUAUGUAAAAUUGAUCUAAAAUAAUUUAUGCACUACAAAAAGUUGCAAGAACGAUUCUUUAACCUUGUCUCGGUUCACAAUGAUUCAGGGGAAAAUUUUGAUUGGAACGCAAAUAAUUAUGACAGUAUAAUAUAUUUCUGAAAUAAACUUCCAGUCCCAUUUCUCUGCUGUGCUUCACUAAUAAUUAAUUGUAAUCUCCAAAUAGAAUGAACAAAGGUACAGUUAUAACUUGCCACUUUUCACAGGAAUGCAAGACAGCAAGUUGCAGUACUAUCUGGUGAUAAAUCUAUAAUCAGAUGAGAGAAACCUAUCUCAUUCAUAACUCACUUUGAUGAUAAACUUGGUAUUUUUCCUUUAUCUUGGAUGUUACUUUGGUGUUCUUAUCUUUGUUUGUUUUUCAUUACUUAUUAGUUUUUUAUAUAUAAAUUUUUAUGUACCCUUUACUAUGCUUAACAAAAUAAUUAGAGUUUUGCCGAGAGUGAAGUGUCUAUAUUAUUAGCUUAAAUUAAAUUAUUUUAAUACUUUGUAUGUAUUUAUCAUGGACUGAAAUAUAGACUGCCUAAAGAUUUUAUCAUAUGACAUUUGAGAAUCUGAUUGUCGUCUCUUUACUAAAGAAUUUAUUAUGUCAUGUAGUUAGUAAUAUAAAGUGCUUUGACUUGUCACAUAGUCUCAGUUAAAUGAUUCCAUUAGUGUCAUUAUGUGCUGAUAUACUUUAAUAAUUUGUAAUGUUACCAAUUGGUAUGUGAUGGUUUUAUAUCAUAGUCUUUAGGCUUUAAACAAUAGUCAGUUUGUUUCAUUACAAUUCAAGGGUACUAAUGUUCAUUUUAGACGAUUCUUUAGAAGUUUUGUUUGGAGGAAAUAAUGAUGUACAACUGUAAAGAUGUCCAAGACAAAAAUAAAAUUUGGAAAAUUUA